GGGGGUGCUAUUUAGGAUUUGGUUUUGUGUUCCUAUGUUUGCGAAAAAUGAUGAGGUGGUUUUGUUGCCCUAUUAAUGGGAAAAUCGUACUAUAGAUUCUGUUGCAUAGGCGUUGUCUGUGGCGGUUGUCAUACAAACGUGGUCGGGGUGGAGGAAGAAACUAAAACAUGGUUUAAUUAAAUGAAUUAUUCGUUUAUUUUGUGCUUCUCUUUGGCUUGUGAUGUCUGGUUUUUUUCUUGAGAUUUAGGUUCUGUUUGUUUAUCGUGGAUUGUUAGAUAUUAACUAAGGAAUUUCACUCUUCGUCUCUCUCAUAGUACUUCUUCUGGUGCCAAGAAGACGGCAGUUUGCCUGCACUGAUCAGUUCUUAGAGCAUGAAUUCAGCAUCCCCGCAGUUUGUUUCCUCAAGAAGGAUGAGUGUGUACGAUCCGAUCCACCAGAUUAGUAUGUGGGGAGAAGGCUUCAAAAGUAAUGGAAAUUUAAGUGCAGCCAUGCCUCUAAUUGAUGAGACAGACAUGAAGUUUGAUAGUCAGUCAGAGGAUGCUUCUCAUGGUAUACUGGGAGAGCCUAAUAAGUAUGACCAAGAAGCUAACAAACCUACUGAUAAGAUACAAAGACGUCUUGCACAAAAUCGAGAGGCUGCUCGUAAGAGUCGGUUGAGGAAAAAGGCCUAUGUGCAGCAGUUAGAAUCAAGUCGUUUGAAGUUGAUGCAGUUGGAGCAAGAGCUUGAACGUGCAAGACAGCAGGCAACAAAACUGCAGGGAAUUUAUAUAGGCGGUGGGUUGGAUUCUAAUCAUCUGGGUUUUGCUGGAUCAGUAAAUUCAGGAAUUACAACCUUUGAGAUGGAGUAUGGACAUUGGGUGAAUGAGCAAAAUAGACAAAUCACAGAACUGAGAAAUGCUUUAAAUGCUCAUAUUGGUGACGUAGAGCUCAGGAUUUUAGUAGAUGGUAUGAUGAGCCACUAUGCCGAAAUGUUUCGCAUGAAAUCUGCUGCUGCAAAAGCAGAUGUCUUCUAUGUUAUGUCCGGCAUGUGGAAAACAACAGCUGAAAGAUUUUUCCUAUGGAUUGGAGGCUUUCGCCCCUCUGAGCUUCUAAAGGUUCUUGGCCCCCUGAUUGAACCCCUGACGGAGCAACAACGUUUGGAUAUCUAUAACCUUGGACAAUCAUGUCAACAAGCAGAAGAUGCCCUUUCACAAGGUAUGGACAAACUCCGGCAAACACUUGCUGAUAGUGUAGCAGCUGGGCAGUUCAUGGAAGGAACAUAUAUUCCACAGAUGACUUCUGCAAUGGACAAGUUGAAAGCUCUGGUGAGCUUUGUGAACCAGGCUGAUCAUCUUCGGCAGGAAACUUUGCAGCAAAUGUCUCGAAUACUUACAAUCCGUCAGGCAGCUCGAUGCUUGCUUGCUUUGGGGGAAUAUUUCCAACGCCUGAGGGCUUUGAGCUCACUGUGGUCUAAUAGACCUCGUGAACCUGCUUAGUCUCACAACAAGGUUACAAGAGCGCAAACUCAUAACAUGAACGUGAUGUGAUGAUGAAUAUGGGUCAGUUUCUUUGGCCAAGAGCAUCAAAACCAUGUAUCAUGUGAGGUCCAGGUUGCUCACAUUUUUCCUGCAGUUUUGCGUUAUGGAGAAGUUGUAAAUAUGACUGCUAGCUCAUUUUAUGCAUACGAGUUUGUAAAUAAAUUAAUUUUAGACGCAUGGUGUAUAUCGGAUUGUUGCAAAAAUGAAAUAUUUAGAAUCUGCCAUGAGUCUGUGUGGAAGUUGGUUGUGUAGAAUUCGUAUAAUGUUAUGUUGUGUGUUUUUGAAAAUGAAUCGACUCUAGACUCUCUUAGUGGACAUAAUUUAUUUUUUGUGAUUGCUAAGGGUAGCUUGUUAAAAAUCUGUAAGUUGUUAUUAGUUUGUUAGAAAGUUGUUAACUCUAAUAAGCUCUAUAAAUAGAGCAUUCGUAGUCUUAUUGUAUCUUUUAUUCAAUCAACUGCAACAUGAUUUUAUAUGAUACUCUUCUUCUCUA